CGCCACGAUUAGCGGGCGUCAGGGCGGGGUGCGACUGGCGCUCGGUGGCAACAUAACCCCCACGCCAGCUUCGCCUUCAUUAACAUCUACUGCACAUCCCACCCAAGAAAGAACAUUCCAAGAUUCACUCCCCUAAUCAAGCUGCCUUCAAAAUGUCAGAAGAUUGGAUGGACUUUGGUCGCUUCAUCAGCACAUUUCAACUGAAGCUUGAUAAGGAAUUUGAUCGUGACGGUAUCGCUGCGUCAUGGGCUCCAUCAACCAACGGCGCACCUUUACUUUGGGGGAAUGAGCUUAAUGUAUUGGAGCUCAGUGAUGAUGCCUUGUCAGAGACAGCUGAGAAGCCUCGUGCUUAUAUGGUACUGAGCCCAGAUGGCAAAUUUGUUGCAAUUUCAACCAACUGUGUCGUGAGAAUCUACUCUGUCGACUCCAUGUCCGUGACGGCAGAGUUUACCGGCCACGAAGACAUGGUUGAAACGGUUCAAUUUUGGCUCUACAACAACGAAGACGAACGAGAAGUUCAGUAUAUCAUAUUUUCGCAAGACUCUGAACCCGUCGGUGCUGAUGGCGUUAUUAUGGCAUGGCACCUCAACAAAGAAGGAAAGCUAGUUGACGACCAAGAAACGAGCGUCAACUUUGAGGGUAAAUUCCUUUCUGGGGAUGCAGCGGCUCUCAGUUGCAAUAAAAAUCGUCUUUUACACUCUGAUCGAAGUCUCUCAACCCAAGGCUGGGACCGGCCAUCUGACUGGCUUCCACAGCUCGUCAUCCGCUCGCUUUCGGACCCAGCCACAGAGGUCUGUCGUUUAAAAGGCCAUCAAGAUGCAAUCAAGUGGGCUGCCUGGUCACCUACUGAUCCAAAUAUCGUUGCGUCAUCAUCUUGGGACAGAACCUGUGGAAUCUGGAAUGCUGCCACGGGCGAGUCUGUCCACAUCAUCCAGCACUCCAAUGGACAGAACUGGACAGGUGACUUUUCGCCGAAUGGAGAACAUGUUGUGCUUGCAGCUCAAAACCUAAAUGGGACAGAAAAUGUUGCGAUUUAUGCAGUUGCCACUGGUAGCUGCAUUCAGCGGCUGGAGAUGCCCAACCUUGGCAGCUGGUCUACACCACUAUCAUGGUCUCCAAAUGGUGGUGUAGUUGCCCUUGGGAUCGACCGCAGUGUCUUCCUAUUGGACGUUGCUAAAAACACAACUAGCGAAGUCAUCAAGGUUCAUAGUGAUGGUAAUCUGCGUGACAGAUACUGUUCCAUCACCAGUUUGAAAUGGCUCGACCGAAAAGGCGAGAAGCUGCUUAUCCGCCUUACUGACCAUACAAUGUUUAUCUGGGAUAUGAAGAGCAACUUGAAAUGGAGAUUACAAAGGCCAUCAAAUGUUCAGGAACUAAGGACACACUGGAGCAGCGAAGUAUUUAUUGAAGAUAAGAGUCUGUUGCUUUCUCUUGAUGGAGACUGGCGGGUCCGAACCUGGGAGAUUAAAGCGUAAUGAUUGAAUAUAAUUAUAUUUAGUUAGUGGAUAUAUCUAGGUUAAAAGUGAAGCGACAUCACGCAUUACAGUCCUGAGUCUCUUCAGGGCUUCAAGAAUACAGCAAGUAGACUCUAUUGCCCUUUCGUAUAGGUAGACCUGUCGUGCUAAUGGUCGCACACGCAGUCAGACGAUAAAGAGUCACAGAUGGAACAUAGUUGUGAAUGAAAAAUUAUGUUUACAAAUCUUGAUUCAU